AUGGGCCCGUCCGCAGGUGGUCCCCCAAGUAUGAUGGUAUAUUAUGACCCGCGACGGAUCCAUCAGUUCUCCUACUAUACACAGUACGCGGCAGCGCAGCCGCCGCCAGCGCCGGCGAGGGUGCUGGUUCCCUACGAGAUAUACAGUGCCGAGGAGCGAAGUUUGCUGGACCUGCCUGCGGGCACUGCCUUUUACGAGACUGUGCCCGAUGAGGCAGCGGUUCAAGCGAUGCUGAACAAGUUCAAGAUGGUGGACGUUCGGGCUUGCGACAUUUGCAACUCCUGUGAGAAACAACCGGACUUAACCAACGCCACGCCGGAACAGCUGUUUACUUUGGGAAGACGAGCCGGCCAGAUGCAUUCCUGCAUCGGCUGCCGAAUCAAAGUCCAUGGUUCCUGCUAUGGUGUCGUGGGCUGCGUCCUCCCCGAGAGCGCCGUCGCGACAGGCUCGACCACUGGGCGGAAACCCAUACCUCUGCCUCCGCUACCGCCGGGCGCGGACCAGACCGGCGUGAGUAGUGGUGGAGUUGACUUUUUGUGUGAUGUGUGCUUAGCCGCUGCCAUUUUGACUCAACGACGACACCCCCGGACUGAACUACCUUAUCAAGGCAAGUGUAUAAUUUGCGGCCACCACGAAGGGCCCUCCAAGCUAUGCAGGAUCGUCAACGGAACCCCGCCCCAGCCUGUCCCUCGCUACAACCAAGGCUACGGCAACAUGGGACUGCCGCCCGGCAUGGGUCAAGGAAUGGGUCAGUCCAUGGGCCCAGGCAUGGGCCAGCCGAUGGGCCAGCCGAUGGGUCAGUCCAUGGGUCAGUCCAUGGGUCAGUCCAUGGGUCAGUCCAUGGGUCAAGGCAUGGGUCAAGGCAUGGGUCAAGGCAUGGGUCAAGGCACGGGUCAAGGCAUGGGUCAAGGCAUGGGUCAAGGCAUGGGUCAGUCCAUGGGUCAAGGCAUGGGUCAGACCCUGGGCCAGUCCAUGGGUCAAGGCAUGGGCCAGCCGAUGGGUCAGUCCAUGGGUCAAGGCAUGGGCCAGCCGAUGGGUCAGUCCAUGGGUCAAGGCAUGGGCCAGCCGAUGGGCCAAGGCAUUUGCCAGUCCAUGAGUCAAGGCAUGGGCCAGCCGAUGGGUCAGGCCCUGGGCCAACCGAUGGGUCAGCCCAUGGGCCAGUCCAUGGGUCAAGGCAUGGGCCAGUCACUGGGUCCGGGCCUGGGGAUGGGGCUAGCGGCGGCGAUGGGCCAAGGCAUGGGCGGUGGGCCGAUGAAUUUGGGGAUUGGUCAGAUAAUGACUCAGAGUCAAAUGAGUCAGGCGGUGUCGUACGCUCAGAGCACGAGUGGUCCGCACGUUGGGUUCGUACAUGUGUUUUGCGCGGUGACGGCGCCGCCUCGCGUGGUGAGUAUAGGCGACUGGAAGAGGCUGGAGAUCGCGGUGGAUUGUGGUGGGUUGUUGGGUGAGUACCAACGGUUGGGCGAGGGUGCGGCGUGUUGUGUGUGCAGCGGGCCAGAGGUGGGUGCGGCAGUUGGUUGGGGUCUGCAGCGGUGCGAGAGUGCGUGUCCGCGGUUCGGGCACGCGAACUGUUUGCGUGCGUUUGUGCAGCAUGACCCGCGACAGUACAUGGAGGCGUUUACGGCGGGAGUGUACGUGGUGGGCGGAGCGGUGCGUUUCGGCAAGUGUCGCUGUCUGGACCACUCCUUUGGUGGUGCAAGUGGUGUGACGUGUGUGGUGUGUGCCGGCGGUACGCAGAUGGACCUGACCUGGACGAGUUGCACUGUGUGCGGUCGAGCCGCACACACGCAGUGCACUCAGCCGGGUCCGUUACCGACGUGCGCGGAGUGCGUGCCAUUCCGCUGGGCCUUUGAGGAUGUCGAGGGGGACUGGCAGCGGCCGUCGCUGUUACCGCCGCCCGCGGCAUCCGAGUUGCAACUCGCCGUUCCUGGCCCGGCCGAGCUGACAGAGCCGAAACGCUCUAUGCUUGCCCGCUUCCGUCUCUCGCGUGACCCCUUUGGCGUCUCUAUGUACAAGCUGUUGUUGCCGAACGAAUCGCACAAACCCGAACUUCACCUCGACUCCUUCAUCUCCGCCGCCGCCGGAGUCGUGUUCGGCAAGGAGGCCACCGCGAACCGCUGGGUGCACCCAAUCCCCGUGAGUGUGCGCGCCCUCAUUCUGCUCAAAGUUGCAGGACGCGAAAAACUCGCUCAGUGGUGCGUCAGCAACAGCCCCGUCGGCGCCGCCGAGGAUCUCGCCAAGGUCUCCUCCACGCUCUUCAAAGACGGCGCCGUCGUGCCUCUUAAGGACUGGCUGCCCACCUCGCUGCCCAAAGUCUCCGCCGCAAACGUCAAUGUGGGAGCGCCCGUCAAACGCAAGUUGCUGAUGAAGAAGAAAACCACCACGACCAAGGGUGAGGAGGAAGCCGGCGCCAGCGACGUCUCGCAGACUAAGCGGCCGUCCGGGGCGAGCCGCAAGUCGCGGCUUGGCACACCGCUGGACGCGAACGCGAAGCGGCGCAAAAAGGAGCCGGCGGCAGCAGCGGCCGCGGCGGCCGCCGCGUCGGCAGUGAGUAAAGUGGAUUUGCUGAAGGCGAAGGGACUGUUGCCGAGCAACAGCAUCUUCAGUGGGACGUUGUUGGUGAGCAUGUGCGUGCACUUCCCGCUUUAUGGACAGGCGGACGCGAGUUUGUACCAGAAGGCACAAGAGAUCGUGAACAAGGCGGCCGAGACAUUCAUCCGGAUAUUGCAACUGUUCCAGGCGGAGGAGACGCCCGCAGCGGCCGUGGCUGUGGUGGAGCACAUGACGCGCCAGGCCGUGGUGGUGUCUCCGGCGUUGGGAUUGAGCAGCACGGAGUUGGGUUACGCGACUCCCGAAGUUUGCGUGGCUCGGCUGAGCGGAGCGCAAUGGAUCCGCGGACUGCUCGCGUUGGGCAAGCCCUGCCCCGGUAUCGUGCAACUGGAUCAGGGCUUCCGGUCUGAUGAGACCUUCGAGAAGAUCGCGGCCGUGCUCGCACCGCUGCCCGUCCACGUCCUGCUCGCGCUCGUCGGCUCCGCCGAGAUCUGCAUGGUCAAGAACAUCGGCAACGUUGAACUGCUCAUCAAGGUCGUCUCCGAACGGCUGCUCAUCAAGGCGCAGGCCACCGCCCCGGGGGGAGACAGCGCACUCGGAGGAGUGGAAGCCAAUGCCCAGCCGGCUCUAGGCGGUGGCGAGUUCGGUGCCCCGGUCUCAACGGGUGCCCUGGGCCAAACAGGCGCGGGGGGCCCCGUGCCGACGGGCGCGAAUAGCGGGCCACGUGAGGUGCUACGCGCUUUGAGUGCUAAAGAGUUGCGUGCUGUGCUGGCGAUGAUGCACGACUGCUCGCGGAACGUGAUUCAGACGGUAUCGUUGACGGGUCGUGCACAGGUGCGUGUGGUGAUGGCACAGUUGGUGGCGUUGGUAUCAUUGAUGACGGAAACGACCAAGGGCCGAAUGGGUGUCUUCAGUGGCGAGUUGUUGGUGCCGUUCCCGUUCUUCCAGUCGCUGGCGGCCUUUUACGGGACGGCAGCGCACGCGCGCGCUCCCGUGCCGGCAGACUUGUUGCCAGCUGCGUUGGUGUUCCCGGCGAAAGAGGCGGGUCAGGAGGCGGCGCCCCCGCUGGGGUGGGUGUUCAGCGUUUUUGAGAACAUGGCGGCGUUGAAAGAGCAAAUCCGUGGGCUGAAAACGGCGCCGGAGGUGGACGUGGACGUCGUGCGCAGCUGCACGGCGCAAGCACAAGAGUUGCUGACCAACGAGGCUGAGGAAGACGCAGAGGACACACUCAAGACGCUCCGCACCGCCGGCGAGGCCAUGGAAGCCCUGGGCCGGAGCUGUGGAUCCAAUAUACACACACUUUCGUGGUUCGUGACUAACAUGCUUCCCGACCGACUGCUCCCGGCCGGCGGCCUGCCGGCCGCCGGCGGUGGCCCGCCACCGCCCGUUCCUGCCGAGGUGAAGGAUUACGUUAAACGUUUUACUUCCGCGGAGCUCGCGCAGUGGCCGACCGCGCUACUGGCAGCCGUCGACUGGCGCAAGCGAUACCUCGAGGCUAGGGGCGAAACCUCCGAAAUCAAGCGCAGGGGAAAAGCACCCAAAACCGUUGCGGAAAGCAUCACACAUGAGGACGCACUACGUCUACGCAAUGCCGCUCAGAACCUCCAAGUAGCCUUACCCGAAAUGCUCGAACUAGAUCGUGCUGUCGAAGAAGCCGACCGCUGGCAGACCGCCGUCGACCAGUUCAUCCAACACAUACUCCCCAACGAAGCCUAUUGGCAAGAAUACGCUCCUGCCGCGGCCCUCGCUAACGCGGUCGCUGGUAGCGACCCCGAACUGGGAGGAGCGGAACUUGGAGGAGCAGGGCUUGGAGCAGAAGGGCUUGAAGGAGCAGGGCUUGGAGCAGAAGGGCUUGGAGGGGGGUUCGGAAACGAGGGUUCGGUUAAGCAGGAACACGACCGCAAACCGGGGUUAGCGCUCGCCGGUUUACCCAAAAACGCUGGCCCGGUCAACUGUGGAGAGCUGUACGCAGUUCCAACGAAGCUGGAGCCAGUCAAGGCAGACCCUUCAGGCUACGUCCCCGAUCUCGGUAUCAACUCUAGUCUGACCAUGGCGGCGAACAUCUACGGUCAACCCACUUCAUCCCUCGGCCCUUCGUCGCUGGCGGCAGACAUCUAUGGCGCUCCCGUGGACAACGGAGGAUAUAGCUAUGGCAGUGUUGACGGCGGCUACGGCUCAGGUUUCGAUGCGAGUGGGGGUUUCGACGCGGUUGGCGACUACGACGGCACGGGGGGCUUCGACGACGUUACGAGUUACGGCGGACCUCAAGACAGUCCCGGCUCAAUGGCCGUCGGGGCAUAUGAAGGUCCCGGGUACGAAGGAUCACCAGCGGAGAGCCCGGUUCCGAUAUACCAGAUUCCUGUGGGUUCGGCGCGUCGAAUAUCCAAGCCAUGUUACUUGUGUGUCAUUCGCGUCGUUAGCCGUCCGAUAACUCUGUUGGAACAGUAUGGGUCCCUUCCUAUUCAGUACUACAAAGACAGGAAGACGUUUUUGUGUCUGGUUUGUUCUGUUGUUCAGAAAUUUGGUCAGGCUUGGAUCUCGGUCAUAAAAUCUGCUUGCGAAAAUGUAGACCUGGAAUUCGAUUUGCUCAGCGCCACACUGGGCCUUAAUGAUGACGGAGCGUUAUAUAUCGGUGAUACGUUAGGCGAUGUUCUUGGCGACGUGCUUCAAGAUAAGAGUGAUGAAGGCGAUUGGGUCGACCAGUGCUUACGGCUCUUUCGCGUUUUGUCCGCCAACAAGGGUCCUUGCAAUCACGAAGAGGACAAUGAGGUUAUUCUCAAGUACCUCCCUGUCUUCAAACCGUUGAUUGGACCUACCGACAAAAUAUUUUCGGCAGUUCUGGAAUGGCAGAUCCCCUGGCGUCAGUUCAUGGUUUCCUGUGCAAAGCUUGGACUCAACGAGGUGGUUAGACAGGCGCCGGAGCUCCUGUCCGGUAUCAACUUCAAUAACUCCUCUGUGCCGUCGAAAACGUUGAGUCUUGUCCAAGGUGUGCUAAAGAAAAUUAAAGACACGAACUGCCAAGACGACCCGCAGUCCACGGCAGCUCUUUUCGCAACCUUGUGCCUAAUUGCCGAAGCGAAUCUGCCAUACAAUGAAGAGUUGAUGGAGAUGAGUUGUGUCGUGCCUGUUUCGUACUGGAGGAAUGUAAUGCACCACAUUGUUCGUCGAUGUGGCAGAUCAGCGGGGAACGGUUCACUUAGUGGCAUCGCUGACCAAGGCUGCGUGAGGGUCCAGAAUUGGAGUUCUAAAAUUCACAUCGAACCGGAUGAACUCGAAACCUUUUUCGUGGCUUCGUUGACAUUUGGUGCAGGCCAAUCGGAGAUAACAGCGGGGCCCGAUGGGGGCGGCGACAAGGCCGGUGGAGAGGACGCUGUGGACAAGUUGGAUUUGUUGGAGUUGCUCAAAAGUUGCGCCGAAAAGCUUUCUUCUGCGCCUCAGUUCUCGGCGGAGCGAUCAUCGCUGGAAAAGAUUUUGAAGGAAACCGUGGUUCAAUUCCAGAAAGAGACUUGGGCCUGCCGCUGUCUGAGCGCACUCCAGCUGACCAACGCUUAUUUGACGACUGGGGUCACAGUGGUGAGCCCGCUCCGAGGGUUGUUGCUGGAGCUGGAGGACAUGGACUAUCCACCGGCCAACAUUGACCACUUGAAGGCUUCCGCUCGGCUUUAUUUACAGGAAUGCGAUGAGCGACUUAAUAAAGUACGGAAACUACUACUGCCCGCUAGUCCCCAAAACUAUUCAUUUGAUGAGCGUUCAUUUCACGAGCAUCCUCUUGACGAGCAAUCAGUGGUGGACGGGACCGCGGAACAGGAGCAAGCGAUUGAGCAGUGGAUGAAGACCAACAAGCCUUUGCAGUAUCACAUAUUGCACAGGACCAUUGUGGAUGUCAGUCGACUCCUGGUCAGUCCGAACAUGAGUUCACGUUGUGGCAUUGAGAAGAAUUUGGUGGACCAGUUCAUUCAACAGGCCUCCAUAUGGAAAGAGAAUUCGUGGAAGCAGAUAACCGAAAUCAGUGGCAUCUUCCCUGGGCAGAUCUUCAUUAUGGACUUGGUGCAGAACAUUUGCGACGCCAAGUCUGAGUCGGGGCUCUACGCCAAGCUGGCCGUCCAUCUCAAGAGGAAGGAGGCGGGUUCUAUCUCGAAACAUUUAUGUGCGCUGCUCCUAUCCUACUUGGUCCGGACCGAGAAUGAACUAGGAGCCUCCGGGUUCGACGACCUGGUCAGCUUCGUCUCUGCAUCCGACUGGAAAGUUUGGAUGCUGAAAAUGCUCACUACUGGCUCCGCUGUGAUCAGUCGGUCCUCAGAUGGCGGCAUGGAAAUCGCCGCCUCGGGGUCCUCAUCGGAGGGAGUCAACGAAGAGCUCCAGGCAUUCGAGCAACUCUGCGAUAACUACAUCAAGCACCUCAUGAGUAUCAAGCGAUCGCUUCUUCCAAGAUGGAGGUGGUCCGACGCUCAGCACCAUCCCGGAGCUCAAGAUCAGCUGGUGGUUCAAGAUCAGCUGGUCCACGACCAGUUGGUCCAAGAUCACCUCGUUCAAGAUCAGUUAGUGCAAGAUCAGUUGGCUGUUCCAGAUCAGCUGGCUGAAGACCAGUUGACGGUUCAAGACCAGUUGACGGUUCAAGACCAGUUGACAGCUCAAGACCAGUUGACGGUUCAAGACCAGUUGACGGUUCAAGACCAGUUGACAGCUCAAGACCAGUUGACAGUUCAAGACCCGUUGACAAUUCAAGACCAGUUGACAGCUCAAGACCAGUUGACGGUUCAAGACAGGUUGGCGACUGAAGAUGAACUGGAAGCAAAUCUGCAGUUUGUCGCAGAGGGGAGUGCUAAUCUGAAUGAAGAGACGCCGUCGAUUCGGGCUGCGGUAGAGCUGGCUAUAGAGCACUCUAGCAUUUUGAAGCGGACGGCUAAUAUGUUACGCAAGCGAGACGAUUUGGUGGCGAUGAGUGGUGUGUGCGAAGAGAUGGAUAGUUGCAUUUCGCGUAUAAGAGAUUUAGUCCAGAAUUCGGAUGAGUGUCGGGUUGUGAUUGAGCGUUUAGUAUUGGGUUGUGCGUACACGACGGAGGUGGCAGGGGCACUGGAUUGGUUUGUGUUCGGUGUGGUGUCGAUUGAGGUGCGCCGUUGUGCGAAAUUUGGCAUGAGCGAACUUUCGCCCAAUAACCUACAGCAAGCAGUGGGAAAUGCUUUAAUCGCGCUCAGUUGUAAGAACCCGGACCUCCUUCCCGAGGACCUGCAGGCCUGGUGCCUCGCGUCCAUUACAGAUCUGGAACCAGCCAACCUGGAACUCACCCCGAGCACAGCGGCUAACUCUUCAGUCAACAACCCCGGCCCGAAUCCUGGCUCUGCCGCCCAUCCUGGCUCGGGUACCGGAGGUCCAGGCUCAAUUACUGGCGGGGCAGGCUCCCUAGGAGGCGGCCCGGGCUCCUUAGGAGGCGGCCCGGGCUUUACUCCCGGGACCGUCGUUGACUCGAACAGUCCUGCCGGCCUCUCCAAGGUCACCACGGAGAACACCGAGGAGAACUCCAGUUCCUGGGACUCUGAGGAAGCCGGCGCCGAGGACGACAACUGCGAGCUGCAAGUCACGCUGCUCCCACGCGUCCUCGGUCUACGCGCCAAAGGCGCCGGGGUAGAAGAGUGGCGCGAAAUCGAGAACUUUAUCACCGCCGUCUUGAACAAACUGGUCGACAUCAGUCCGGAAACACACAAGCUCGACCCAUUCGUGUUCCGGCUGAAAAGCUGCCUCUUUGAAGACUACCCUGCGACCUACCUGGGGUCAUCAAAUUCUAGCUCCAACCUCCCGUCAGCCAGUCCGUUGUCGUCCACCCCCCUGUCGUCCAACGGUAUGUCGUCAAACGGAAUGCCGUCGUCCAAGGGUAUGCCGUCCAACGGUAUGUCGAAUGGUCUGUCGUCCAGCUCGGGACCGUCGAAUCCAGGGUUAUCGGGUCCGGGCUGUCCCGGAAAGUUCCGUGUAUUGGAUACGCGUUUGGUUGGGUCGUUGUUAAUGGCGGAGCCGUUGGCGGUGGUGUUGCGUUGCGCGACGGCGGAUGGUGGUGUGUUUUACAGGGCGUUACAUCCGGUGUUUGCAUUGAGUAUGACGGAGUGUGCGCCCUUGGAGGGUGUUGUGCCUCCGCGUGUGCAGUGCGAAUUACCUUCGCGGCUACUGAACUGUGUGGUGCAAUAUGCGCGAUUACGGAGUACUGUGCCGGCGGGUACGAUGGUACCAUUUGCAUCGGCGGUGCGGUUUCUUGAGACGGCGGAUAAGUUGAGCAAGACAUCAUUCCCAACUAAUCUGUUGAAUGCAGCACGGCACUCGUUCUCCUCCGUGACGGCGGGCACGUCAGCUGAAGCGUUGGCGAAUCAGUUGGUAUGCAAUCGGCCUGCGCGAUUAGUGGUAUUCGACUUAGUAUCUUUCCAGCAAUUGCGGUCACGAUUCGAGCCGUUGGUACAGCCAAUUCUACAGAAGCUAGCGGCGGAUGAUUUGUCGUUGGAGGCGGUUCGGGGAUUUUUAGGCGCUACGGAGCAGUUGUCAUUAGAGACGGGAGUUACUCACCCGGCCUUCGAGCAGUUGGCUAUGCGUCAUUGGGAGCUUUUGUCUUUCUCCGAGGCGGUUGCGCAGGUUGUGGCGCAGCAUGAGGCGGCUGUGAAGACGUUGGUGCACAAGACACAGGCAGUUGACGCCUACUGUCGACGUUUGUUGGCCUCUGCGUUGGUGGGAUUGCCACCGGAUCAGCGGGUAUUAAGGGAACCGGCAGCACACACACUUUCGGUGGACGCCCUUUUGUUUGCACUCGGUGAUCAUAGGACCUGGCUUGGCCAUUUAUCGAGCACGCGCGCGCUCGGACUAGAGGAGGCGGGUCCGGUCUUUCCGCCGCUGCAGAGUCUACGGAAGCGUCAGAAGAGUCUGGUGUCACAGACGGGAGAGUUGGAAGGGUUGUUGAGUGCACUUGACGAGUCAGACGCACACUUUGCGCGUGUGCUGGCACAAAUCAGUCAACAACUAGGCAUGCUUGACAAUAACAAUAACAGCCUGCCUUGCGGCCGUGGGCUACCACUUUCGGCUUUGCACCGGUUACUGGCGGUCCCACCUGAGGUGCUGCGUUCGAACACGGCACUGGAGCUGGGCCAGUUGCUGGGUAUGCCCGCUCCGUUUAAUGCCUUGGAACUCUCAGGUGGUCAGUGGGGCAGGUUGCAAGGUGCUCGUGCUCUCACGGGAUGGACACUGUGGGCGUGUUGGCUGCUACUAUCGGUCAUCGAACGGCAUGACGUCCUGUUUGGAGGUGUGGGAGCCUUUACGGUGACACGACCAGCAGUGUUAUUACAGCACACAUUAGCACGGCAUGCACGUGGUAGCCCAGUCUUCACGGCAGCCGUGGAAGGGUUAUUGCGUGAUUGCCUGUCGCUACUCCCACUCUUUCUGCCCAAGUCGGGUUCACUUUGGAGAUCUUUAUUGUCGACGACGGUGUUGCUAACCAAGUGCAAUCUAGGUGAGACGGAACCGCCACGGGUGCGGUGGUUAUUAGAGAGGUUACAAGAGUUUCCUUUCUUGUUCAACGCGGCUGCGUCAUUUGUGCAGAAUACUGACUUGUCGCUCGCUUUCCUGCGUUGUUUCUGGGAACUGGUGUGCAAUCUGACGCCCUGUCGUGGUGACCCCUUUGCCCUUUCAAAUGGCGAGGCGCCCGCGCACUACUUGGCAGACACCAACAGUUUGGUGUUUGCCCUGACGCCCGUGACGGGUCAAAAACUGAUCGCGCUUGGCAACCACCUUCUCUCCACCCAACCAUCAGGUCUCAGCGGCGCUGCGCUGUUGGGCCAGCUGCCACCGUCCUUCCACCCCGCCCUACGCGCAUUCAGUCUCAGACAUGAAGCCAGCCCUGCUCUCGCCCCCACGGAGUUCACGCCAUGGCAACUACGAGCUCAACAACUCAUCGAACGUAUGCGAUGCGCCGUUAUCUUCUCCAAAGCCGUCUUGUCUGAGUGCCAAGUCGGCCCCGAGGAGUGGGCCGUCCGGUCCUGGCUGCUCGGCGCCGUCUCACCCGUCGUGCUGACUGAAGAGCUUCAAGCCGCCAAGACUGCGUUGUCCCAAAGAUUGCAGUGCGAACUAGACCUGGGUCUGAACGGCAUUGCGACCACCGCCCGACCCGCAACCGACGACCCCUACGCACAACAAAUGCACUCUGUCGAGACCCGGUCAGUCUCCGCCCCUAUGGACCUACACCGACUCGCCUGGCUCAGUGUUUUGACGCCACCAGUUGUGCCAGUGCCCACUUGUGUCGCGCGGAACUGGCAGCUGAAAACUGAUGCACAAUUGCAACAGUACAUGGCCCAGGUCCUACCCGUGAAGUGUAAGGAAACGGUACUCAAUGAACUAAGGUUGUCACAAGUUCCCUCGCUUUCCACCCACUUGCUGUUCAGCCGUCUGUUCAAACUCCUUGUGGGUGAAAGUCAGACUGUAAACGACCUGGCUGCUGCCAUGACGCUCGUUGACCGUCCUGUCUCGCUCAACAAACUUAAGGGCUCACUCACCUCGUUGCACCAGUCAGACGCCGUUAGCUUCCUCUGUCUGCUAGGCCUGCACUUUGUCGCCAGUCCCUUCUCGCUCAAGACUCUGGGUUCCGGCGUGAACGUCUAUCCCACCCUCCUGCCCCUCGCGCAACUCAUCAUGCGACUUGAUAACACGCUCUCCGACAGCCUCUUCCACCACCCAGACAACCUCUGCAAAUACGUCUACGGAAGGCUCAAGGUCUUCACCUGUCCUGGUCCUCCUGAAACCGUUCUCCCAGCCGCCGUCGGACCGCGGCUACUCGACCUCUCCGGUGGAGGAAAGACUAUAACGCAAAAACGUAACUACAUCGCCCACCGCCUGGUCAAAGAGAACGCCGUCUGGUGGGGACCCGUAAUCCUACCUAGCACCGCCCGGUCGCCAAGCACCGGAGACUUCUCUUUCGCCAAUCUCGUCCUUGCCACGGAUACCGCUGCCAUCUCCAAUAGUCCCAUGCUCAGCACACUCUUCUGCAGCCUGCAAGGAUUCACCUACGCGCAUACACCCGGAAUUCAAAACCAAACUCAAGCCCAAGACAACAAAGCGCAUGCAGCUACAAGCGGCGAUGUUUCUUGCAGACACUUUGUCGAAUGUAUAGUCGCCCAAGACCGAACCAAUUGCACGGAAUGCGGUCGACGACUUUGGAAUCGACCAACUACCCGGGACGAGGUCUACAUACAACCAGGACAUCUAUUCACCAGGUUUAAUGAGGAUGUUAAAGACUACGAGACAUUGCCGAGGUUGUUGAAGCCGAUCUUGCCGUUGAAAAUGAAUGUCAUCGUGUUCAGUGACAACACGAGCGAGCUUUAUGGCCAUAUAUAUUCUGAGGAGGUGAUUGACCUAUCUGAUGCGUGCAAGCAUGGUGAGGAAGACUGUCCGGUGCGGCAGGGGCCUGUGAAACCCCAUAGUGUGGACGGUCACAGUGGUGAGAAAGAGUCUUUCCGACGCAUUUCAAGCGCGCUGGCGGCCUGUCGCGAAUUCCUAAUGACCGACGCGGCUCAGAUCCCGUCUCAGCGGUCAGUGGACCCUCAGGGACGCAAUCUAUUGCUACCAGAUCUGCUUGAUAUCAACAUCCCGACUGGCAACGUUUGGGCUUGCAAAGUACGCUGCAUAAGUCACGCCGUACAGCCAGUGUUCAUAGACCUGCCGGGAGGUUGGAUCUCUUACGGAGACACCAUAUCUCCACCCACAAUGAAAAUGCCUGUUCGACCAUUCCACUAA